UUAUUAUUAAAAAUAUGAUUUUUCGAUGGUUGAGUCAAUAUUGACCUUGAUAGCAGUUUUUGUUAAUAGCCAAGUAUUUAAGGACUGGUAGUACGACGUAGCCUCAGUAUAGAUUGCACUGUUUAAUCUGGGGCUGGUGGAACAGUGAUUGACAAUAGUGAACUCUUCAACGAUACAAAAAUGGCAAUAAAGUUAUGUGCGUUUCUGGCCCUUUGCUUUUUUGUUAGUUCCACGGCAGGGGUCAUUAUCGGUAAUUGUCCGAAAGUCAACUCCGUUGAGCAUUUCAUCCCGGCUAAGUUCAUGGGCCAGUGGUACGAGGUACUACGUAUGCAUUCGAAAUACAUACCUGCUAACAAAUGUGGGGAAGUCAAUUACACAAUGAUUGACGAUAAAACGAUCAAUAUCGCUGGUAGCGGCAUAUUACUUGCGAAUAGAACUAAAAUAUCGAUGAAUGGGGUUGCACAAAUCGGCAAUUCGGCCGAUCCGGCCAAGAUGUCCGUAAAAAUGGACAAUAUCGAUACGCCUUUCACUAUGUAUGUGAUGGUGUUGGGAACUGACUACAAUAAUUUUGCUGUUCUCUACAAUUGCGUUCAAGUUUCGAUCGUGCAUGUCAAGCACUAUUGGGUUUUGUCAAGACGCAGAAAACUUCACCCGAUAGCUAGGGACAUGGUGAGAGACGUUGUCAGGAAAAACCGUCUUGAUUGGUCCGCAUUAUAUCAAGAGGAUCAGUCUAAUUGCAACUAGUGUAUCGUGCGAUUAAAUUAGCGGCCAGUCUCCCAAAUUCAAAUUCGGCUUUGUUUCACGUUGAGCCGCUAUGAGUUUAGUCAAUACUUGGUUCGGGGAAGGGUGCAUGGUAUCAAUUUCCCGUAGCAUUGCAUUUUUUUACUCCGUCAUGAGAGUUUUCCUCGAUUGUUCACUAAUAAGUAAUCCGCAUCUCGGUAGAAAAAAGAACAGUUAAAUCAUACGUUCACAAUUUUCGGUUUUCUUUAGCAUUUGGCUGAGAAAGAGCAAAACUAUGGCAAAAUGUGCCACGAAAAAUUUUAUACUAUAUAAGCUUAUUUUUGCAAAUUCUAUCGUCAACAUUUUGACGAGUGGAAUUCUAUUUAUUAAAAAAUCCUAUGAUUGUGGUAAGACUAGAUAAGGUGGUGACUAGAUUGUGGUAAGACUAGGUAACUAGAAACGCCGCAGCACCUUGCGGUAAAGUAUUGAAAAUGUACACGGAGGAAAGGAAACCAAAAAUUCAAGAGAAAUAUACACUGAAUACAGUAUCCGUACAGACAGUAUACGUGAAGACAGUAUACGUACUGGACUACAAUGUUAAUUCGAACAGUAUAGACAUAAAAAUUGUUUUAGCCAUUACAGUAGAAAUAUUGAUACUUAUACCUUUGAUUCAUAAAACUUGCGAGGGUCUUUGGUUAUAAUUACAGUAAAAAAAUGUUUUUAAUCAGAUCGAAUUUUCAAUGUACGGUAAGCAUGAAAACGAAACUUCGCAAAUUCGUAAAACUACAAACGUACUACAUACUCGGUUUGUAUUCUUAUUUAUUAAGGUGAGGGUCACGAAAUAUUUUCACGUGGACUACUUUAUUAGUAAUCAUGUAAACUAAAUGACUUUCGAAAUUUUCUGAGAAAAUGGUAGUAUUUUGGUGAAAGGUAUUAGAAAUAAAUAGUCUUGAUCGCCCGAAGAAAGACGCUGCUGCAUCAAA